CUCUCUCAGUUUGACUCUGAGGGAUCAGGAGUAAGACAAACUCGUCUCAAGUGCUCAAAAAACUGCAAGAUUUGCGCGCCUCACAUUCUAAAUAAAGUUUCUCUGGUGAUGUAGCUAUGUACCAUGACCCAGAAGCUCUUUGUCUUGUCUGGUUCUUGUCAGAAGGUCUGAUGUCUAGACCGUGUGCUCCUUCAUGUGUGGUCCAGUUGAACUCUCCUUGACCAUUCGAUGGACCACAAACAGACCAGCAGCUACUGUGACCGCACUACUUCACCUUGACUCUUCACCCCUUUACCUUUGAACCCUCACCCCUGACCCAUACUCUUGACCUCUAACCCCUCACUCCAUAUCCUUAACCUUACUCCUCUCCUCUCCUCUCCUCUCCUCUCCUCUCCUCUCCUCUCCUCUCCUCUCCUCUCCUCUCCUCUCCUCUCCUCUCCUCUCCUCUCCUCUCCUCUCCUCUCCUCUCCUCUCCUCUCCUCUCCUCUCCUCUCCUCUCCUCUCCUCUCCUCUCCUCUCCUCUCCUCUGCACUCCACUCCACUCCACUCCACUCCACUCCACUAUGUUAUCCCGCAUCUCUACAGUCCUCCUAGCUGUGUUGUGUCGGUGUGUGCUAGUGUCUCUGGGGGUGGACCCCCCUCACCCCCGUCGAGAGAUCCGGAUCGAGGGAGACCUGGUCUUGGGGGGGCUGUUCCCAGUCCAUGAGAAGGGGGGAGGGAUAGAGGAGUGUGGGAGGGUGAACGAGGACAGAGGGAUCCAGAGGUUGGAGGCCAUGCUGUUUGCUAUAGACAGGAUCAACUCUGAUCCUACUCUACUGCCUGGAGUCAGUCUGGGAGUUCACAUACUGGACACCUGUUCUAGAGAUACAUACGCACUGGAACAGGCGCUGGAGUUUGUGCGUGCAUCUCUGACCAAGGUGGACGAUACAGAGUUUAUCUGUCCUGAUGGAUCCUACGCUCUACAGGAAGACAUUCCCCUGGCCAUUGCUGGAGUUAUAGGAGGAUCCUAUAGCAGUGUGUCUAUACAGGUGGCCAACCUGCUGCGCCUCUUUCAGAUCCCUCAGAUCAGCUAUGCCUCCACUAGCGCCAAGCUCAGCGACAAGACACGCUAUGACUACUUUGCCCGCACGGUGCCCCCUGACUUCUACCAGGCCAAGGCCAUGGCAGAGAUCUUGCGGCUGUUCAACUGGACCUACGUGUCCACGGUGGCAUCAGAGGGAGACUACGGAGAGACGGGCAUUGAGGCCUUUGAACAGGAAGCCCGUAUGAGGAACAUCUGCAUCGCUACCUCUGAGAAGGUGGGCCGCUCUAACGCUAAGAAGUCCUAUGAGGCAGUGAUCAGGCAGCUCCUCCAGAAGCCCAACGCCCGCGUAGCUGUCCUCUUCCUGCGCAGCGAUGACGCUCGGGAACUGCUCUCUGCCGCCGCACGACUCAACACCACCUUCAUCUGGGUGGCCAGUGACGGCUGGGGGGCACAGGAGAGCAUUGUCAAGGGCAAUGAGGCCACAGCCAACGGGGCCAUCACCCUGGAGCUGGCGGCCAAUCCCGUGCCGGCAUUCAACCGCUACUUCCUGUCUCUGGAUCCAAUCAACAACCACCGCAACCCCUGGUACCGAGAAUUCUGGGAGCAGAAGUUCCAGUGCUCGCUUGGAGGAGGGGGUGGAGGAGUAGGAGCUGGGGCAGGGGCAGGAGCAGUAGGGUCAGGGGGAACUGUGUCUCUCUCUCUCCCUCCCUGUGAGAAGGGUGUGUUGGUGGAUGAUAGUAACUUUGAGCCGGAGUCCAAGAUCAUGUUUGUGGUGAAUGCGGUAUAUGCUGUGGCCCACGCCCUCGAUAAGAUGCAGAGAACACUGUGUUCCAACACCAGCAAGCUCUGUGACAGCAUGAAGGCUCUGGAUGGACGCAAGCUCUACAGAGACUACCUUCUCAACAUCAGCUUCACAGCUCCCUUCUCUCCUCCCGGUAUUGAGACCGUGGUGAAGUUUGAUGCCUAUGGCGACGGAAUGGGACGCUACAACAUCUUCAGUUACCAGCACAACGCUGAUCGCUACGGUUACGUGCCCAUCGGUGAGUGGGCGGAGACUCUGAGCCUGAGCAGUGACCUGAUUCGCUGGCCAAGGGAGAUGGUGCCCUCAUCCCAGUGCAGCGACCCGUGUGCCCGCAACGAGAUGAAAAAGAUGCAGGCUGGAGAGUACUGUUGUUGGAUCUGUACGGCGUGUGAGGCUCAUGAAUACCUAGCUGAUGAGUUCACCUGUUCGCCCUGCGCCCCUGGCCAGUGGCCCAGUGAAGACCUCACUUCCUGUUACGACCUGCCUGAGGACUACAUCAUGUGGGAGGACGCCUGGGCUAUCGGACCAAUCAGCAUCGCUGUUGUUGGGUUCCUGUGUACAUCUCUGGUGUUCUGGGUGUUUGUGAGACACAACAGCACGCCCCUGGUGAAGGCGUCAGGCAGAGAGUUGUGUUACAUUCUCCUGCUGGGUGUCUUCAUGUCCUACUCCCUCACCUUCCUCUUCCUGGCCAAGCCCUCGCCUGCUAUCUGCGCCAUGCGACGCCUCGGCCUCAGCACCUCAUUUGCUGUCUGCUACUCUGCCCUGCUCACCAAGACCAAUCGGAUCGCCCGGAUCUUCAGUGGGGUGAAGGACGGGGGCGGGACCACGAAGCCGCGCUUCAUAAGCCCCACAUCGCAGGUGUUUAUCUGUCUCAGCCUGAUAUCGGUCCAGUUAGUGAUGGUGUCUGUGUGGUUGCUGCUGGAGGUUCCUGGUACCAGGAGGUUUACGUUACCGGAGCGACGGCAGACAGUGAUCCUGAAGUGUAACGUCCGUGACUCCAGCAUGCUGCUGUCGCUAGGAUACGACGUGCUCCUGGUCAUCCUGUGUACUGUGUACGCCUUCAAGACCAGGAAGUGUCCAGAGAACUUCAACGAGGCUAAGUUCAUAGGUUUCACCAUGUACACAACCUGUAUCAUCUGGCUAGCCUUCCUGCCCAUAUUCUACGUCACAUCCAGUGACUACAGGGUCCAGACCACCACCAUGUGUAUCUCUGUCAGUCUUAGUGGCUUUGUGGUGCUGGGCUGUAUGUUCGCUCCCAAGGUCCACAUCAUCAUGUUCCAACCACAGAAGAACGUCACCAGUCUCCGCCUCAAUAUCAACCGCUUCAGUGUCAGUGGUCCUGCCACCACAUACGCUUCACACGCAUCAGUGAGUGCCCAGUACGUACCGACAGUGUGUAAUGGGAGAGAGAUCGUCGACUCCACCACUUCCUCUCUGUGACCACACCCACUCACCUCUCUAACCCUGCCCCCCAGAGACUGUUAGCCAAUAGGCACACAUUGUGCCCCCCUGCCCCCUCCUCCCACGACGUGGACUAGCACAGUUCUGUUUCACGGCUGUAGAAAGGGUUUAAUACUACUUUGUUUUCUAGUGCUGUACAUAUAAUGGAAUCAAAAUUGUUGUAGAGGAACAAAAGAACCAAAACAACUUUGUAGGAGGAUUUUUUGAGCCUUUGUUUUGAAAAGCUUUGUUAAGACGUGUGUACAUAUAUAACUGUGCACUGGGUUGUGAUAGGAGUGUGUAUGUGUUAAGGUUGUGAUAGGAGUGUGUGUGUGUGCUAAGAUUGUGUUAGGAGUGUAUGUAUGUGUGUGUUAGGGUUGUGAUAGGAGUGUGUGUCUGUGUGUGUGUGUUAGGGUUGUGAUAGGAGUGUGUGUAUGUGUGUGUGUUAGGGUUGUGAUAGGAGUGUGUGUAUGUGUGUGUGUUAGGGUUGUGAUAGGAGUGUGUGUAUGUGUGUGUGUUAGGGUUGUGAUAGGAGUGUGUGUAUGUGUGUGUGUGUGUUAGGGUUGUGAUAGGAGUGUGUGUAUGUGUGUGUGUUAGGGUUGUGAUAGGAGUGUGUGUAUGUGUUAGGGUUGUGAUAGGAUUGUGUGUAUGUGUGUGUGUGUGUGUGUAUAUGUAUGUGUGUGUGUGUGUGUGUGUGUGUGUUAGGGUUGUGAUAGGACUGUGUGUGUGUGCAUUUUAUGGUUGUGAUAGGAGUAUGUGUGUCUGUGUGUGUGUAUAUGUGUUAGGGUUUUGAUAGGAGUGUGUGUGUGAGUUAGGUUUCUGAUUGGAGUAUGUGUGUGUUAGAGUUGUGAUAGUAGUGUGUGUGUGUUAGGAUUGUGAUAGGUGUGUGUGUGUGUGUGUGUGUGUGUGUGUGUGUGUGUGUGUGUGUGUGUGUGUGUGUGUGUGUGUGUGUGUGUGUGUGUGUGUGUUGGGAUAGUGAUAGGAGGAUGUGUGUGUGUUAGGAUUGUGAUAGGAGUGUGUGUAUGUAUUAGGGGUGUCUGAGACAGAUGUUCUGUAGGGGUAGUGGCUGAGACAGCCUCACCUGCAAUAGCCCGCAGACUUUGUACUAUUUUUUGUAGGUCUCAUUGUAAUAACCCAGUCAGUAUGCAUUUGUAUUCAUUUGUAUGUUGUAUGUUGUAUCUGUAUAUUUGUAUAUUACUGAUGGUUGCAACAGCACAAUGUUGACAGUAUUAUGUAACUCCAGUAGGAUUCCCACUACAGUGGAUGAAGCUCCCUGAGUUGGGCUGACGAGCCCAUAGGAAUAGAAUGGCUGGAACGGACAUAGUAUCCACAUUUCAUACAGUUUGUUGAAUCACACAUUUGCUCUCAUUGUAGCAUAUUAGCCAAGUGGUUAGAGGGUUGGGCCAGUAACUGAAAGGUCGCUGGUUCAACAUCUUCAGUUACCAGCACAACGCUGAUCGCAACAGAUACGUGCCCAUUGGUGAGUGGCCGGAGACUCUGAGCCUGAGCAGUGACCUGAUUCGCUGGCCAAGGGAGGUGGUGCCCCCAUCCCAGUGCAGCGACCCGUGUGCCCGCAACGAGAUGAAGAAGAUAAAGGCUGGUUAGGAACACACACACACAGGGCUUUAAGCAGAUCUAGUGACAGCACUAGUAGAAGCUCUGUUCGAGUCCCCGAGCCGAUAAGGCGAAUAAUCUGUCGAUGUGCCCUUGAACAAGGCUCUUAACCCUAAUGGCUCCUGUAAGUCGCUCUGGAUAAGACUGUCUUCUAAAAUGGAAAUGUAAAAAAUAUAGCAGUAUAGAAUAUUUAUUGAACUUUCCAAAUGAUGCACCCAAUAUGGCAGCCAGUCCAGUCAUUGUAUUGAACCUGAAUGUCCUUUCUACGCAUCCUAAUUCUAUAGAACAGCCACUGUAUAUUAGGGUCCAAUUACCUUGUGGCCAUAGUAACAGACGUGUGUACAACAACGCAACAACAUUUCUCCUUAACCAGCAUUUUUGGCAUAAACUUUAGCAACGAUGUGACAACACAAGGUAGUUCAUUACAAGUGACUGUUUAAAGUCUUAACUGCCAUUAUUGUCAAUAUUAAAGAAACUUUACAGAUGCUAUGUCACUUAAAGAAACAUUACAGAUGCUAUGUCACUUAAAGAAACAUUACAGAUGCUAUGUCACUUAAAGAAACAUUACAAAUGCUAUGUCACUUAAAGAAACAUUGCAGAUGCUAUGUCACUUAAAGAAACAUUACAGAUGCUAUGUCACUUAAAGAAACAUUACAGAUGCUAUGUCACUUAAAGAAACAUUACAGAUGCUAUGUCACUUAAAGAAACAUUACAGAUGCUAUGUCACUUAAAGAAACAUUACAGAUGCUAUGUCACUUAAAGAAACAUUACAGAUGCUAUGUCACUUAAAGAAACAUUACAGAUGCUAUGUCACUUAAAGAAACAUUACAGAUGCUAUGUCACUUAAAGAAACAUUACAGAUGCUAUGUCACUUAAAGAAACAUUGCAGAUGCUAUGUCACUUAAAGAAACAUUACAGAUGCUAUGUCACUUAAAGAAACAUUACAGAUGCUAUGUCACUUAAAGAAACAUUACAGAUGCUAUGUCACUUAAAGAAACAUUACAGAUGCUAUGUCACUUAAAGAAACAUUACAGAUGCUAUGUCACUUAAAGAAACAUUACAGAUGCUAUGCCACUUAAAGAAACAUUACAGAUGCUAUGCCACUUAAAGAAACAUUACAAAUGCUAUGUCACAUAAAGAAACAUUACAGAUGCUAUGUCACUUAAAGAAACAUUACAGAUGCUAUGUCACUUAAAGAAACAUUACAGAUGCUAUGUCACUUAAAGAAACACUGCAGAUGCUAUGUCACUUAAAGAAACAUUACAGAUGCUAUGUCACUUAAAGAAACAUUAGAUAUGUUAUGUCACUUAAAGAAACAUUACAGAUGCUAUGUCACUUAAAGAAACACUGCAGAUGCUAUGUCACUUAAAGAAACAUUACAGAUGCUAUGUCACUUAAAGAAACAUUACAGAUGCUAUGCCACUUAAAGAAACACUGCAGAUGCUAUGUCACUUAAAUAAACAUUACAGAUGCUAUGUCACUUAAAGAAACAUUAUAGAUGCUAUGCCACUUAAAGAAGCACUGCAGAUGCUAUGCCACUUAAAGAAACACUGCAGAUGCUAUGCCACUUAAAGAAACACUGCAGAUGCUAUGUCACUUAAAGAAACAUUACAGAUGCUAUGUCACUUAAAGAAACAUUACAGAUGCUAUGUCACUUAAAGAAACUUUACAGAUGCUAUGCUACUUAAAGAAACAUUACAGAUGCUAUGUCACUUAAAGAAACAUUACAGAUGCUAUGUCACUUAAAGAAACAUUACAGAUGCUAUGUCACUUAAAGAAACAUUGCAGAUGCUAUGUCACUUAAAGAAACAUUACAGAUGCUAUGUCACUUAAAGAAACAUUACAGAUGCUAUGUCACUUAAAGAAACAUUACAGAUGCUACUUAAAGAAACACUGCAGAUGCUAUGUCACUUAAAGAAACAUUACAGAUGCUAUGUCACUUAAAGAAGCAUUAGAGAUGCUAUAUCACUUAAAGAAACAUUACAGAUGCUAUGUCACUUAAAGAAACACUGCAGAUGCUAUGUCACUUAAAGAAACAUUACAGAUGCUAUGUCACUUAAAGAAACAUUACAGAUGCUAUGUCACUUAAAGAAACACUGCAGAUGCUAUGUCACUUAAAGAAACAUUACAAAUGCUAUGUCACAUAAAGAAACAUUACAGAUGCUAUGUCACUUAAAGAAACAUUACAGAUGCUAUGUCACUUAAAGAAACAUUACAGAUGCUAUGUCACUUAAAGAAACACUGCAGAUGCUAUGUCACUUAAAGAAACAUUACAGAUGCUAUGUCACUUAAAGAAACAUUAGAUAUGUUAUGUCACUUAAAGAAACAUUACAGAUGCUAUGUCACUUAAAGAAACACUGCAGAUGCUAUGUCACUUAAAGAAACAUUACAGAUGCUAUGUCACUUAAAGAAACAUUACAGAUGCUAUGCCACUUAAAGAAACACUGCAGAUGCUAUGUCACUUAAAUAAACAUUACAGAUGCUAUGUCACUUAAAGAAACAUUAUAGAUGCUAUGCCACUUAAAGAAGCACUGCAGAUGCUAUGCCACUUAAAGAAACACUGCAGAUGCUAUGCCACUUAAAGAAACACUGCAGAUGCUAUGUCACUUAAAGAAACAUUACAGAUGCUAUGUCACUUAAAGAAACAUUACAGAUGCUAUGUCACUUAAAGAAACUUUACAGAUGCUAUGCUACUUAAAGAAACAUUACAGAUGCUAUGUCACUUAAAGAAACAUUACAGAUGCUAUGUCACUUAAAGAAACAUUACAGAUGCUAUGUCACUUAAAGAAACAUUGCAGAUGCUAUGUCACUUAAAGAAACAUUACAGAUGCUAUGUCACUUAAAGAAACAUUACAGAUGCUAUGUCACUUAAAGAAACAUUACAGAUGCUACUUAAAGAAACACUGCAGAUGCUAUGUCACUUAAAGAAACAUUACAGAUGCUAUGUCACUUAAAGAAGCAUUAGAGAUGCUAUAUCACUUAAAGAAACAUUACAGAUGCUAUGUCACUUAAAGAAACACUGCAGAUGCUAUGUCACUUAAAGAAACAUUACAGAUGCUAUGUCACUUAAAGAAACAUUACAGAUGCUAUGCCACUUAAAGAAACACUGUAGAUGCUAUGUCACUUAAAGAAACAUUACAGAUGCUAUGUCACUUAAAGAAACAUUAUAGAUGCUAUGCCACUUAAAGAAGCACUGCAGAUGCUAUGCCACUUAAAGAAACACUGCAGAUGCUAUGCCACUUAAAGAAACACUGCAGAUGCUAUGUCACUUAAAGAAACAUUACAGAUGCUAUGUCACUUAAAGAAACAUUACAGAUGCUAUGUCACUUAAAGAAACAUUACAGAUGCUAUGUCACUUAAAGAAACAUUGCAGAUGCUAUGUCACUUAAAGAAACAUUACAGAUGCUAUGUCACUUAAAGAAACAUUACAGAUGCUAUGUCACUUAAAGAAACACUGCAGAUGCUAUGUCACUUAAACAAACUUUUUAGAUGCUAUGUCACUUAAAGAAACACUGCAGAUGCUAUGCUACUUAAAGAAACACUGCAGAUGCUAUGUCACUUAAAGAAACACUGCAGAUGCUAUGCUACUUAAAGAAACACUGCAGAUGCUAUGCCACUUAAAGAAACACUGCAGAUGCUAUGCCACUUAAAGAAACAUUGCAGAUGCUAUGUCACUUAAAGAAGCAUUACAGAUGCUAUGUCACUUAAAGAAACAUUGCAGAUGCUAUGUCACUUAAAGAAACACUCCAGAUGCUAUGUCACUUAAAGAAACAUUGCAGAUGCUAUGCCACAACCCUAAACUGACUCACUGAUGUUUCGUUUAGCAUUCAGAAACUUUAAUUGAAAUCGCUCCACAAGCACUGUUUGUAGAAAUGAGUUUACGCCGAACAAGUGUAGUUGAACACGUCUUCCCUGCAUCCUUUAAACCAAUGAGUAGUGAGCCCUCCCUUGUCGAAGUGUUCUAUAGUCAUGUGAUGAUGUUCUAUUAAUGGCUAUGUGCCUUAAAGGGAAAUUCCACCCCAAAACGAUAUUUUGGUAUUUGUUUCAUUAGUCCAUAUAGCCCCCAAAUGUAUAUACAGUACCAGUCAAAAGUUUGGAGACACCUACAGUACUCAUUCCAGGGUUUUUCUUUAUUUGUACUAUUUUCUAAAUUGUAGAGCAAUAGUGAAGACAUCAAAACGAUGAAAUAACACAUAUGGAAUCAUGUAGUAACCAAAAAAGUGUUAAUCAAAUCAAAAUACCCUUUGACUUGAUGACAACUUUGCACACUCUUGGCAUUCUCUCAACCAGUUACACCUGGAAUACUUUUCCAACGGUCUUGGAGGAGUUCCCACAUAUGCUGAGCACUUGUUGGCUGCUUUUCCUUCACUCCACUGUCCAACUCAUCCCAAACCAUCUCAAUUGGGUUGAGGUCAGGUGAUUGUGGUGGCCAGCACUCCAUCACUAUCCUUCUUGGAUAGCCUGGAGGUGUGUUGGGUCAUUGUCCUGUUGAAAAACAAAUGAUAGUCCCACUAAGUGCAAAGCAGAUGGGAUGGCGUAUCGCUGCUGUGGUAGCCAUGUUGGUUAAGUGUGCCUUGAAUUCUAAAUAAAUCACUGACAGUGUCAAAGCACCUCCACACCAUCACACCACCUCCUCCAUGCUUCACAGUGGGAACCACACAUGCAGAGAUCAUCCGUUCACCCACACCGCGCCUCACAAAGACAGGGCGGUUGAACCAAAAAUCUCAAAUUUGGAAUUCAGACCAAAGGACAGAUUUCCACCUGUCCAAUGUCCAUUGCUCAUGUUUCUUGGCCCAAGCAAGUCUCUUCAUCUUAUUGGUGUUCAUCUUCUUAUUGGUGUUCAUCUUCUUAUUGGUGUCUCUUUGCAGCAAUUCGACCAUGAUGGCCUGAUUCAUGAAGUCUCCUCUGAACAGUUUAUGUUGAGAUGUGUCUGUUACUCUGGAAUGCAUUUAUUUGGGCUGCAAUUUCUGGAUUGGAUUGGACAAUUUCUGGAUUGGAUUGGACAAUUUCUGGAUUGGAUUGGACAAUUUCUGGAUUGGAUUGGACAAUUUCUGGAUUGGAUUGGACAAUUUCUGGAUUGGAUUGGACAAUUUCUGGAUUGUCGUUUCUCAUUGCUUAUUUGAGUUGUUCUUGCCAUAAUAUGGACUUGUUUUUUUUUAACCAAAUUGGGCUUUCUUCUGUAUACCACAACACAACACUGAUUUGCUGAAACACAUUAAGGAAAGAAAUUCCACAAAUUAUCUUUUAACAAGGCACACCUGUUAAUUGAAAUGAAUUCCAGGUGACUACCUCAUGAAGCUGGCUGAGAGAAUGCCAAGAGAGUGCAAAGCUGUCAUCAAGGCAAAGGGUGGCUACUUUGAAGAAUCUCAAACCUCAAAUAUAUUUGAAUUUGUUUAACACUAUUUUGCUUACUACAUUAUUCCAAAUGUGUUAUUUCAUAGUUUUGACGUCUUCACUAUUAUUCUACAAUGUAGAAAAUAGUCCAAAUAAAGACAAACCCUUGAAUGAGUAGGUGUGUCCAAACAGACUGGCACUGUAUAUCUUGAAAACAUGAUAUCUGACACGUGAAACAUUUUGGGAUUACAUCAACAAAGGACUAAUGAAACAAAUUUGAAAAAAUUGUUUUUGAAGUGUUUUCCUUUAAUGUGUGUCUGCUAGUUUCUCCACUCCAGCUUACAGUUCACCAAUCCCAACCUUAAUCGUUAGGGCUAAAAACUUCAAACUGACUCUAGAUCAGUGUUCAUGGUUAAAGUCAUCCUGCCCCCGGUGUUAUUCUAUCCUCUCAAGUUCUCAUUGUUGAUGUGAGGUGGGAGGGAAAGCAGAUAUUCUGGAUGCUCUCUUCUUAAAUAGAAUCCUCUCCUUGUCUCCUUUCCUUCAUCCCACUUUUCUGUUGUGUGAAACACAGGAAGUGUCCAGGAGAAUGAGGCCACACCCAUCUCUGCUAACAGGUUUGACUGGGGUGUGACAACCGCUGUUACACUCCUAACGCAGGUCACCAGUCAAACAUUUCCCCAAAGGCUUAGGAAUGGUGAAAAACUAAAAUAAGAGACAGUUUUUGUGAUUGAGCAUUUUUCUGUGUGUUUUGCAGCAGGCAUAGGAGCAGGGUUAUGUAAAAGUGUGCCACGGCCCAGAAGGCACAGCAUCAUGUUCAGCCCAGAGAUUGGAUGGCUGUUGUUCUGAGGCUCAUGCAUUCACUCCCCAGCCCUGCGCCAACCAGACACUAUAACCUCCCAUCCACUCCUCUCCCUGCAUGGCACAUUGCUAUGGACAACCACUGCCACAAUUCCUUUUGUUCUGAUGUAGUGGGAUGGGGGAGUCGAGUAUGAAGAAGGAUUAAGGAGUGGGAUGUUGAUUCAAAUUCAAGUUGUCUUUAAUUGGACUUGGCAGAAAACUCAACCAACCUACUUUCCCCCUCUCCAUCUCUCUCAUUGUCUCCCUGUCUUUCUCUGUCACCCAUGGCAGUCCCCCUUCACUCUCUCACCUUGUGAAACUCUGCUGGUGUAUUCGUCAGAGCCAAGAUUGCUUAAGACAGGCUCUGUACGGAUCCUGAGUCCACUGCAACACAAUGCCAAGAAGGGUUCUGUGACCGCGCUCCAUCAUGUCUAGCACACACAUACAGAGCCCGACUCAAAUACACACCAAGAACAUUGGCUGUCACGGCAGCAGCCUUGAAGAGGGUGGAGAUGGAGGGGGGGGGGGGGGGGGGGUGGAGAGAGAAGAGUUGGUGUUGCAGUCUGAUUGUGUGAGCUGUGUUCAACUCAAAGCAGUGGCAGCCUUGAAGAGGGUGGAGAUGGAGGGGGGGUGGAGAGAGAAGAGUUGGUGUUGCAGUCUGAUUGUGUGAGCUGUGUUCAACUCAAAGCAGUGGCAUACUGUAGAAAUACAGAUGAGGUAUACAUCUAAUCCCUUUUAAAAUGUAUACUAUACUAGUUAGCUUGACCAACAGAUGACAGGGAUUGUAAUGUGUACAUAUGGGAAUAGGCUAGGAGUGACUGGUCCUUCACAAGCAAUGUAGAACAAUACAACAAAACAGUAUUUUACCAUUAUAAAGUGUCAAUGCUAAUGGUACUAACUCUGUCCAAAGGUGUCAUUAAUAAUGUUAUAAAAGUAUGUGUCCGCUUUCACAGCGUAUUCUCACCUGGAAUGGGUCAGUGAUCUCCAGAUCCCCAAGAGAACCACCCAGAACAUUCUGGAGUCAAGGUAGAAGUUUUUCCUAUAACCACAGAUCUAGGGUCACACUAUCCUCAAUCCUAACCUUAACCAUUAUAGAAUGACAAAGUAUCUGACCCUGGAUCAGUGGUUAGAUCUGGGGUCAACGUGAACCCUGACCUCUUUGGACUGGCCAAUCAGAAAGCAAUAGAGCUCCUCAUACGUGCAAUAACGAGGACAUCAUAAUAAACAAUAACAAAUGA